AUGGAUCCGAAUAAUUCAAUCAUCAUCCACGCCCUGCCCGAACCCAACAACUCCGCCCAAAGCAAAGACAUCCAGAAAGAAGGUUCGAGAAAGCAGCAGCAGCAGCAGCUUGCCCCCAAACGCACCUCCAACAAGGACCGCCACACGAAAGUCGACGGGCGUGGGCGGAGGAUCCGGAUGCCCGCCCUCUGCGCCGCCCGUAUUUUCCAGCUCACCCGCGAGCUCGGCCACAAGUCCGACGGCGAGACCGUCCAGUGGCUCCUCAACCAGGCGGAGCCCUCCAUCAUCGCCGCCACCGGCUCCGGCACCAUCCCCGCCUCCGCCCUCGCCGCCUCCGCGCCAAUCUCUGACCCAUCCGGCCUUCACGGGAUCCGGUCAGGCGACCCGGGCAGCGGGUCUUGGCCGGGUCUCGGGUUCGGGUCGGAUGGGCAGAGCUAUCUGCAGAGGAUGGGAUUCGCGGGGUUCGAUCUGCCAGGGUCGUUGAGCUUCGCCUCGAUUUUAGGCGGCAGCACUAGUCAACAAAUUCCGGCUCUCCAGCUUGGAUUGUCGCAGGAUUUGAAUCAGUUCAACCAGAUUUAUCAUCAGCAGCAGCAGCAGAUCGAGCCGCAGCCGGGCCCAGUUAUUCAUGAACAUAAUCAAAAUCAGAAUCGAAAUCUAAACCAAAACCAACAGCUAUCAUCUAAGGACGAUGAUUCUCGGCAGUAG